AUGGAGGUGCUCCAGGCUGAGGAGGCGCUGCACUUGGAUCGACAUUGGUGGGAUCUCUUGCUGGAUCGCUCUAUGGACACUGUGCCCCGCAUCCGUCUCACACUCUUCGGCCUCCUGGCUGCCCGCGGUGCUCGCGCGCAGGGCAGCGAGGCGAAGCUGGCGCUGGUGCUGAGGCAAGGACUGGAAGAUACCGUCGUGGCUGUCCAGCGUGAGUGCCAGUGUAUGCUGGAACGCUUGGCGCGGACAUCCGCUCAGUCUGUCGAGAUGUCCUCUCUCCUGACCUUCGUGGGUCAUCUGCUCUCCGAUCCCCUCCAUGGCGAGCUCGCGGCCGAGCGCGCGCUGUGCUGCUUGCUGUCGCGCCCGGACUGGUGGAAGGUGGCCGAAGAGGGCAUCGAGGCCUUGCUACAUGGUCAGGAGGCCAUCUCCAGGGAGCAAGCCUUGCUGGGCCGUGUGGCUUUGGCGCUGGAUCCAGAGGUUUGGAGUCUCAAUAAGGCCCUUUGCGGUCCGAGCCUCUUGCGCAAAACCCUCCAGGCAUUGGACCUCCAAGAGGAGUGUGUGCUUCGACAACUUCUCUUGGUACUCCUCUACAGUGACGUGCGCGAGACCGACAAGACCCUGUUGCAGGUUGCCACCGCUGCUCUCUUGCGGGCUCCGCUGCACGAGACGGUGCUCUUCGCUGACCCAGGCCGGCUAAGCAUCUUCCAUCUGGCUGUGAUGCUGGCGCGACAUGCGCUGAAAGGACACGAACGCCGCUUCACGGAGACCAUGCUCACGGUACUGGAGGCCGAGCGCGGCCGGGCGGCGCUGGCGGCGCGGCGCGGCGCGGUGCAACGCUGGGCGCAACGGGAGGAGUUCGGCCGAGCGUGCGAGCUGCAGGGAGGUCUGCAGGAGCUCCAGAAGCAGUGCCAAACGGCCCAGGCCGAGGCGGAGGCGAUCUUCGGCGGUUUGGAGCAGCACUUGCGGCGGAUCUUGACGGUGGCGGAGGCCAUGUUGGCCCACAGCCGAGCGGAUCUCAAUGAAGAUUUUCAGCUCUAUUUGCUCAUGGAGGACCUCCUGCACCCUGCCUUAAGCAUCAUCGAUGGCAUCCCCUCGCACUACUUCACCUCCACCUCGUGGCCGCAGCUGAAAGCUUUGGCGCUUCGCUGCGUGGCGCUCCACGCAUCCUUGCCCGGCACCGCGUCCGGCGCCGCGUCCGGCGUCGACAUUUGGAACUUCUUCCGCUCGGUCUUGGCAGAGCAGCUGCGGUCUUCCCGACGGGUGGAGCCCGGCGCCGAAGGUGUCAUCUUCCAGUGCGUGGCCUUCCUGAUCGACUCGAUUUUGCAGGGAAAGACACCGGAUGCACAGCAGGCCUCCAUCGAAGUGUGCCAUGCAGUGGCCAAGCUCCUGGCAGAUGCCUCGACCAGCGCGGUGCGGCACGAGGUGGCCCUUCGGAUCUGCACGCUGCUGACCUUUCAGGGCCUGGCUGCCUCGGGGGAGGACGCGCACCGCGCGGCACAGUGCUGGACGGCCACCUGGCUGCUGGUCCAAGCCUUUGCACAAGUGGAAAGCCCGGCUGCCGGGGACGCCGUCCAGGCUGCCGUCUUCAGCGGCCGUGUCUUGCGUUUCUUCGCCUCACUCCGCAGCCUAUCCUGCCAGCAUUUGGAGGUCUUGGCGUCCGCCAUUGAAGGCUUCCUCACAUUGGACCUGUGGCGCUUGGGCCACUUGUUGCCGAUGGUCAACGAUCAUCCCACGGUCUUGGCUUUGCCACGCUUGGUGCGCUUUGUGAGUCGGGAGUUGUCCUGCUUCAAUGGCGUGGUGGAUGAGCAGAUUCACUGGCUCCAAUGCCUUUGGCGCCCCUUAUCCCUGGUCUGCUUGGAGACCACGCCUUCAGUGGCCAGUGAUGCGCGCCUUCCGGAGGCUCUCCUUGCUGCAGCCCAACCCGGUGCAACACGACGGCGCGACGAAGUGGGUAGAAAGUCCUUCAUCCUGGGAACGCACGCCAGAUGA